AUGGGCUCCCUGGGCGUCGAUUACACACGCUAUCAGGACAUUCCCGAAACCCAAGCGGAGCUAGACUGGGCAGACCUCAUCACCAUCGACCUGUCACGGUACGACGAGCCGGGCGGAAAACAGGCGCUCGCGGCGCAACUCAAGCACGCCAUCUCCACGGUGGGAUUCUUCUACGUGACCAACUUCGGCCUCUCGGAGGAAGAAGUUAAUGAGCAAUUCGCGCUCGCCAAGGCCAUCUUCGACCUCCCGGACGAAGAAAAGCAAAAGUGCCGCGUGGGGAAAGACGGACUGGGGUUCUUUGGCUGGAAGCCCCGGGGUAGCAGGAAGCAACAGCACGGGCUGGUCGAUAACCUGGAACUCUACGACGACCCGAAAUGGUGCGAGGCCUACAAGGGCCUGCCACGCCCGGCGCCGCUGGUCCACGCGGCCGCGAGGGCGGAACGGUUCCAAAGACACAUGGCGACCUACGUGCUCCGACGGCUCUUGAUCCUGUGCGCCAUCAUCAUGGAGCUGGAGGACGAGGAGGCGUUGUGGAAACUGCACAACUACGACGCCCGAUCGCAAUGCCACCUGCGGUACAUGCUCUACCACCCGCGGACCAGCGACGAGCUGGACAUUAUGGAGAAGCACAACGUCCAGCACAACGUCUACGGCCACACGGACUUUGGGUCGUUGACGUUGCUAAUGCGCCAGCCCGUUGCGGCCCUGCAGGUCCGACCGUACGGCGAAACAGAGUGGAAAUGGGUGAAACCGCUCCGGGGCAGCAUUACCGUCAAUGUCGCUGACACCCUCUCGUUCCUGACCGGUGGAUACCUCGAAAGCUCGAUCCACAGGGUCGUGCUGCCGCCCGAGGACCAGAGACAUGUCCCCCGCUACGGCGUGAUUUACUUCGCCAACCCGGACGACGACACCCUCCUCGAACCGGUCAGGAGUCCACUCCUAGAAAGAGAGAAGGUCAAAGGCAACAAUAAUAGGGCCAUGCCUCCAAAGGGAGUCACCGCGGAGGAAUGGGUCAAGAUACGGUUCGCCAGCAUCGACGCCAACUAUGCAAACAACAAGGAUAACAAGGUCGUCGUGAAGAAUGUCGAGGUGCCCAGCUACGCGUGA